AUGACUAUUCAAAUACUUUUUCCUCCUCUAUUUCCUACAGCAACUUUUAGUGUAGUUCAAUGUUUCGCUGAGAUACCUAAAAUCACUGCUUCUAAUCUCUCAAUGUUCUGUCAAUUGGAACCAAAGAAAGUUUAGAGAAAAUAAAGCAAAGGGAAGCAAAUUUAAAGUAAAAAUACUGAGCAGAAAUCUGAUCAGAAGAUAACAAAGCCAAAAAUAAGUAAAGUAGUCUCUAAAGUUGACUUGAAUGCAAAGGCUACUAAAGCUGCUCCUGUUAAAAAAAGAGAUUCAAAACUAUAGGAUAAAGUUAAAAUUGGAAAGGCCAAAGAUGGUAAGACUAUAGAAGAAAGAGUAAUAGAUCUCAAGAAAAUUGAUAAAUAAAUUGACGCUUAACUUAAAAAGUAGAAGGGUAAAUAGGCAAAAGUUAAAGAAGUUAAAGCCAAGGCAAAGUAGGUGAAACCUAAAGUUGUUAAAACAUAGCCGAAAGCAGAUAAUUAUGGGAAAGCUGAUUUUGUGUCUGAUUUUGAAGAUGAUUUGAGUGAGGAGGUCAUACCAAAAAAACGUGGAGCAGGAGGUAAAAUCUAAAAUAGAGCUGGCUAAGAUAAAGGAUCUAAGCCAUGUAUUCCAAAGAAAACAAACAAGAGAAAGAAGGUUGAAAUACCAGAGGAGUAUACUAAAGUUCUACAAAACCCAGAUGAUUUAUUAAUUGAAGAUCUUGAGCAAGAUGUUUUUGACAAUAGCCCAGAACUGAAAUCAUUAGACUGCUGUGUCUAGUGUGCGAAUACAAAUGUUAUCAGAGCAGCUGCCACAUAAAAUCAUGACUUAAUGAAAAAGUGUAUAGAUGCUAAGUAACACAUAAGCUCACUUUUGAUAGCACAGUCCCCUGAGUUUAAAUGGACACCUUUAGAGUAUGCAAUCUCUAAUGGCGAUAAAUAGACUUUUGACAUGCUUAUGAAUUAUCAAUAGCACAGAUCAAGGAGAGUGAAUCUCGGGUAAACAUAAUUGAAAGAGUUUGAUACAGGAUCAGUUAGCAAUUAAGCUUAUGGAGUUGAAAUUAGAAAAGUAAAUAUGUCCAGAGGAAACAAACUAGGCAAUAAUGCUUUUCUUUAAGAAACUGUAGUUGAAGAAAAUGGCUUUUAAGAAUAUUUGCAGAAUGAGUAUUUCAUUGAAAGAAUGGUCCUAAUGGAGAAACUAGACUAUGAGUUUAUUUAGAAGAUCAUAAAGUUAGACGUUUCAAUGAAAACAUUUGUUAACAAUACUCUUAUCUAAAAACUAUUGAUAAACAACAAAGUGGAAAUUGUUGAGAAGUUAAUAGCUCCAGUAGUAAAUGACCCCUUAUUUCAAGUUAAUUAGCUUCUCUAUGCCACUUUAGUAGCUUAAGACCUGAACUAACUACCAAAGAACUACAAUAAGCUUUCAGUCAAUAAGACUUCAGUGUUUGGUGGGAUUAGCUCCCUUCAUUCUGCUGCACUCAAUCCAAAUCUUGAAAUUCUUAAAAGACUUCUUGUUAUGAUAAAAUCAAACGACAAUUUAAGUAGAUAAAAAGAUGACGAAGGAAAUGAGUGCAUUCAUUACGCUGCAGCAUGUAGCUCAACUGGGCCAUUAGAACUUUUAUUAGCAAGAAACUUCAAUGUGAAUUCUGAGAAUAAUAAUAAGUAAACGCCGAUAUUUAUAGCCGUCAAGUGCAAGUAAAUCUAGAACAUUAAGAUAAUCAUGGAGGAAGAUGAAACAGCUAUUUACUAUAAAGACAAAUCUGGUAACUAUCCAAUACAUGUUGCUGCUAAAGCUGGCAGUAUUGAAUGCCUCAAAGCGCUUUGCAAGAUUGAAAAGGACUAUAUCAAUAUUCAAAAUGGUUUCCACCACCUCUCUCCUUUAAUGCAUGCAGCUUCUUACGGGCGACUCGAGGCUGUUGAGUUUAUGGUAGAUAAAUUAAAAGCAGAUAUAAAUUAGGUUGAUAAACAUGAUAGAAAUGCACUUCUAUAUGCUGUUAGAAAUGGACACACAAGAAUAGCUCGCUUCUUAAUCACUAGAGGAGCAUAUUUUAACUAUCCAGAUGAUUCAUUGAACUAUCCAUUCCACUAUGCCUGUGCAUAUGGAUGGUUAGAUUGUAUUAAAUUACUGAUAAGAGCAGGUGCUAGUAUCAGUAAUGCUAAUGAAUGGGGAUUUACACCUUUGAUUAUUGCAAUGAUGAAAGGUCAUAAAAAGAUAGUAGAUUUUUUACUAGAUAUUGAUGGAAUCGAUGUUAAUAGUACUGAUGACAAAGGAAGAAACUUGCUUUGCUUUUCCAUGAUGAAAUUUGAAGAAAAAACUACAGAUUACGUCAAACAUCUUAUAGAAUAGAAGGGAGCUAAUCCUAAUUAAGAAGAUAUAAAUAAAUUGACUCCGUUUUAUUACCUUCUUCAUGCCCCUUAUUAUUCCCACAAAAAAUCAAUAAAAGAUUACACAACAAAUAGAUAUUAAGAUAAGGUAAUUACUAUGCAAAAAUCCUACUACAAGCUAGUUGAGUAUCUUAUCACAGUCUAAGGGUGUGAUAUCUAAUAAUUUGCUAAACUUAAUCAAUCUCCACUUGACAUGAUUUUAUAACAAAAUAAACUCUUCUUGCUACCGCUAUUUAAUUUGAAAUUGAACAUAAACCAAAAUCCUGAUUUGAUGUUCAAAAUGACUCCUAAGAAUGAUGAUAAUGAUAACGAGGUGUUCAUUGACUUUUUGAAUAAACAUGAAAAAAUUGAUGAAAAUAUUUUGAAUGGUUGUAACUCACAAGGGUAUACUAUUUUGAUUGCUAUAAUGAAUUAAUUAUCAACUACCACUCACCUGUAAAAUUUUUUUCUUAAUUAAUACUUUUAGAAAGCCUUAUUUCUUUAAUUAUCUGAAAAUCAAAAGAUAUCUCUAUCUAUUUGA